CACGCGCACACACGGAUUACAACUGGAUGAGCUUGAGCCAGGCUGAAGCUCACAGAGAACCUGGAUCUGUAGCACGCCACACGAAGUUCUUAGGAAAAAGGCAGGACCAGGUUGAUGUUAGCUAUCACAGCUAGCUAGCCAGCUACACUGCAGAACUACACUAAAGUAUUUAUUGCUAUAUCUCUGACUGUGUAUUAAUGAUCCUUCUGGCGUCACAGAAAAUGGGAAGUACAAUUAUUAGUCAAAGACUUCAUGUUGGACUGCAGCAGCUCACAGCUUUGGCGGCUGUCACACAUUCCUUUUUGGGCCCCAAUAAAAACCACAAGUUUAUUCAAGACGAGUCUACCGGGGAGUCGUCCUUGGUGUGCACAUGUUUCCGCGUCUUGGAGCACUUAGACCUGACCUGCUCUGUAGGUCAGCUGGCCAAUGAGACAAUCCAAGCUCACCAGAAGGUCUUCCACUCUGGUGCGGGGUGCCUGCUAUUUAUGGCUGGGGUCUGGAGCAGGGCUGCCCUCGAAUGUCUCCACAGAGACAUUUCAAUCCCACAUAUUGUGUCAGCCAUGUCUGAAGGGCUGGAUAUAUGUUGCAAAGUCUGCAGGUCAAACAGUGUGUCGAUUGAAGACGUUCGACCGGUUGCUUCUGAUAGUGGCACAUCAGUACUCCAGGGCUUUCCACACACAGUGUUACGUAACCCUGUCACAGGGAUGAACCUUAGCCAUGGGGCCCUCAACAACAAGAAACAAAGCAGAAUAAAACUCACUCACAGCAGACAUUUUUGUGCAAAUGAUGAAGCUGAUGAGAACACCACACCAGGGUUAUUCUCCCAUGCAGUGAGUUCUAAAGGAGUUGAUAUUCCUCACCUCGCUGAAGCUGUGAGCCAUGGAUGUGUGGAUGCAAUGAGCUUAGUGGUUGAGGUGAGCAAGAUGCAGUCAAAGAACGAUGGAAGUGGUGACAGCUGUAGAACAUUUGAUGUCAAAAAGCUGGUAACGUGCACUCUGCCAGGCUUGUCAGAGGACCAUGCAUGUGUUUUACCAGGUUGUGUUAUUCUGCUCUCUGCAGAGCAGGCUUCCCUUGUACAUCACAUGAAAGAACAGAAGUGGCAAGUUGUUCUCAUUAAUGGAGAUCUCAGUGAGAAAUAUCGCCAUCUUGGUUUCAAUAGCAAGAAAGACAUCAGCCGAGUGAUCGACAAGUUGGACUUGAAAGGCCUCAGCAAAGAAGAUGAUUGGGAAGACAAUGUUUUAACAACUCUGUUGAAAAACAAUGUGAAUCUAGUUUUAGUCAAUGGAGAAGCAAGUGAAAGACUCACCCAGCACUGCAUGAGUCACCGUAUACUUGUGGUUGAGAGGAUGAAGCCUGACAUUUUGAAGGACUUUGCAGAAACAACAGGAGCUGUCCCUGUCACCUAUGCCACACAACUGAGUAAGCACUGUGUCGGCACCGGGGUAGAAAUCUCCAUAUGGAGAGACUGCAGUGGCAACAGAAGGAGAGCAUCAAUGGCUGUGAACAUUGUCGCUGAUCGCACUGCGCUGGUUACAGUGGUCCUCACCACCUCUGUGCACAGCAAGCUGCAGACCUUGGAGGACUGUUUCUGGGGCUGUGCCUAUCGUCUACACCACACACUGAAAGACAGGAAACUACUCCCCGGUGCUGGAAAGACUGAAUUGCUUUGUGUUCAAAUCCUUCAAAAGCACAUUAAAGAUAAUGGUGAGCAAACAAGAGGCAAAGAUGGAACCUCUGCCCCACAAGCUAAACAAGGAAGAGCAGGAAACCCACACAGGGCUGAUGUGUUUCAACUCAUGGCAGAUGGUUGGAUGGACUACAUUUCCACUCUGAUGUUGAACAGUGGAACUUGUUCAAAAGUGGACGCUUGGACUACAAUCAAUCAGCAGCUGAUAGAUUUGAAUGGGGGAUUAUCUCUAGAUGCUAAUUUCUCAAGACUGCUAUUAAGAGAUGACACCGAGGAUGGUAUGAUGUCCCCAGAUAUGAAGCGCAGUGCAGGGAAGGUCUAUGACAAUAUGACUGUGAAGUUGGAAGCAUGGAGGAAAGCCCUGGAUCUUGUUUUCCUUGUGUUACAGACAGACACUGAGAUCAUUACUGGCAUAGAUCCUAAACAAGUGGAGGGACAAUCAAAUGUUAUGGUGCUUUGAUGGUUUUAACACAUUGCUGCGUGCUAUCAUUUUUGUAUAUUAUCAUGAAAUGCAUAACAUGUCUAAAUGUGUUUUAUUCUUUGAAUCCAAAUAUGCUGAAAAAUGAAUAAACUGUUGUAAUUUCA